AUGAUGAAAGAACAAGAGGAACGAAUUCCUCUGCACAUGACAACCAGCAAAACAUUUCCAGUUCCUUUCACGGAGCAACUAUACGACGAUGAUGACUUUAUAGAUGGACGGGGCGUUGACUCCGCAUCUCGAACGGGAUUGGCUAGCGAACGACGUCGGCCGUCAUUAAUUCAACAGUCAUUGGCCAAUCAGAGUAGACGAUUUUCUCUCACGGCCAAUAGGAAAUCAGAUAUGGAUGUGAUUAAUUUGGGAACAAGACGACAAUCGGUAAGGGCAUCGACGACGUACGGGACCAUUUAUACACCUCUGUUUCAGAAGUUGAACGUCCUACAUCGAAUGAGUUUCGCAGACGUCGUCGAGAGGAUAACACUAACAUGGGAUCACAUCAAUGUGUAUGCUCCAGUUAAGAAGGAGAAGUUGAAUUUGUGGAAGCGGAACAAAAACUCAGGUUCAGUUGGUGGUGAUGAUGAGGAUUUGAAAAAUUCCCCCAACAAUCCUAGCGACGAUGAUCCGGAUCUUAAGCAAAUUCUUAAAAAUGUCAGUGGUGUGGUUGAACCCGGGACAAUAUUGGCCGUCAUGGGGGCGAGUGGGUCAGGGAAGACCACUCUCCUGAACGUUCUGACUUAUCGCAAUAGAGGAAAUUUAUUAGUGUCAGGUGACGUCAGAGUGAACGGGGGCUUAAUAGGAAAGGCCAUGCCCAGCUUGUCGGGUUACGUUCAACAGGAAGAUAUAUUCUUGCCCACCAUCACCGUCAAGGAACAUCUCUGGUUUCAGGUAAAGGCUGUUGGGGUGAAUUAG